AUUGGAAAGCAAUUAUACUCUAGUGAUGUUUAAAAAAAUAGAAUAAAAUAAAAUGAUAUCAUGGAGAUAAGUAAUUAAAAAAUAAUAAUAAUCCAUAGGUGUGGUGUGUUUCGUAGGCAAGCCUUCAAAGCAUGGUGUCCAUUGGCGAAAUUUUAAAUGUUGUCCUCAGUUGUCCUUAGGAACAUUUAGAUGUAUGGGAGUUCUAUAUAAUAUCCAAAGGUUGGACCAGAUGCCCCGUUUUGAUGGGUUUACUUGUCCUCCCAACAUUAAAGAAUCACGUUCACCAAAAAUUUAGUGCAUUGCUAUACUUCAUAAAGAAGCUGCAAAAAGUAGCUCAGAAUGAACUAACACUCGAGUGGUUGCUAUAUACCAGGCCUAUGUGUAGACAGUCCUCAGGUGUGUAAACCUGAGUACCUCCCCACAAAAUAAGUAAUUCGGAUAAUCACUAAAUGCUAUUUUUAUACUUUUUUAAAAAGCUAACUGUUGAGGACACUGAUGAGGCAUGAUUUAUUGGAACCCCCAUGAUAUGAACCAUCUAUAAUUUCUCAGAUCCUAAAAGAAAACACAUCUUUUUACAGGAAACCUCCCCAGUUUUGAGGGGCACAUUGAGGAGAGAAUUGACAAAAACAGCAUGCCCACUCAGAUAUCUCCCUAGAAUACUAUGUCAUUAGAAAAUGCAGUGGAGGUCCCUUUCUUGCAUAACUGCUGCAUGCUAUGGUCUGGCUCAGUCUGAGCAAGCACCAAGGGCAGAGGAGAUGUGUUUUCCCUUGGAGAACUUUUUCCUAUCCUGUGAUGUAUGCACAAAGGGCCACCCAUUCACCUACUAGACAGUGGAUAAAGCCCUGUAUGUGUAAAGAGGAACCUAAAUAUCCUUUCUUUUCCUGUCUAUUAGUUUCAGUUGUUUUGUAAUGUUUUCCCAUGACACAAUCCAUCAACUGAGGACAGUUCUUCACCUGGGAUUUCAGGGCAACUAGGUUUAACAGAAAUCUUAAGCACACAGACUGGGAAGUCAUCUCUGAACUGUUUCCUCACUGGCUCCCCUCCCCCAAUACCACCAACAAUCCAACACUCAAGUUUACCUGGAGCCUUUCCUCACAGCUGGAUCAUCCUGUCCUCUUCUUCCUGCCAAUCAAUCCUGCCUGGGCCAAUUCCAAAUUCUUGGAAAUUCUAGCUUGGGAGAUUCUCCAUUUCCCCAAAACCCACACACUUGGAUGUUAUCCUCUGCGCCAUAUUCUCUCAUUUUAAGUCCUGUCUUUUUUAUUCACUUUGGCACCUAAUGCCAUACUUCCUUACUCUGUGACUUAUUUCGUAUACACAUGACCUGAAGCUUUACAACUAGACUGCCCCUCCCAUAGUGAUAGUAGAGCUUCAGAUUCUCUACGUUCUGUCUCUCACAAAUACCUGAAACAGAAUUGUUGCCUGCUGGUUUUUUAUUUUUUAUUGAAGUAUAGUUGACUUACAAUUUUGUUAGUUUUAGGUAUACAGCAAAGUGAUUCAGAUACGUGUGUCUGUGUGUGUGUGUGUAUUCUUUUUCAGAUUAUUUUCCCUUAUAGGUUAUUACAAAAUAUUGAGUAUAGUUCCCUGAGCUAUACAGUAGGUCCUUGUUGGUUAUCUAUUUGCUGCCUGCUGUUUAAUUAACAAACCAAACAUCACUUCUCAUUUUGUAUUUUAAAAAAUUACACAUAACGUGUUCUAAUGGUCACAUAAAUCCUGUGGAAAGCAGUAGUUUGGAAAAGAAAUAUACAUUUUGCAGACUGUCAAAAGAAAACUGGUGUUUUCCUAUGCUGCCACUGUGAAAAGUGUGGCUAUACAGCCUGCCUGGGCAGAGCAUGGCUCUGUAGUUUAGAUUACAGUCAAAACUGCAGGCAGCUUUUCCCUGGCUGCAUCAUGGUUUCUGGCCUCAUCCAUGAUUCCUUGCCCACUUACAAUGCUAAAGAGCACUAGGAUUUUUUCUUUUCAAAUACAAACAAAACUUUGACUGUAAACAGUUGUAUCCUACUUGUCUCACAUGAAAGUCGAAUCUUAUACAGGAGAGAGGAGGGUAUGUUUGUGUGUGUUAUGAACCUAAAUUUAGCUCUCUAGGGUAAUUCAAUCCAGGAUAAACAUUUUUUUAUACUUCUAAAUAAGCCUACCUUUAAAACUCCAAUUAUGCCCUUUAGCCCCUUGAGGAGAAUCCAUGUAGGCACUUGCCUUUAGGGAAACUGUCUCUAGGCUGAUUUCUUGCCAUGAUCUCUGUGCCGCUCCAGGUCAAACUCAACUUCCUUCCAAACUGCUGUUCAUAAAGAUGCAGGCUCUUAAAGGUGUCUUCGCUACACCACCAUACCCACUCCUGCCACUAAGCCACCAUGUACUCCUGGCUGCUCACUGCAUAGUAGGUAUGCCUGUACUCCUGAGAGCCUAGCAGGUAAAGUCCCCCACACCCAAGCAUAACCUUUCCCACCAUCCUUACCGCUUAUGUCUUAAAUCCUCUUCUCUACCCACUCCACCCAAGUGUGCAUUCACUAGAGUCUAAACAUACCAUGAGUCGUCCUGCCACUCUGUCUGUACUGCCUCUGCCUGAAGUUCUCCACAUUCCUCUGUUUGUUCUAUCUGCACAUUUCUCAGGAUCCACUCAAAAGCUCAUUUUUUUCACCUCAGUGGUUCCUUCCAUCUCUCAAGGCCCACAGGACUAUGUAUUUAACACUCAUUUUCCCAAAUGGAAUGGUGUGAUAGAGUGCUUAAUGGCCACCAAGUCUUUUCAUUUCUGUAUAUACACCACUUUACAGUGUGACUUUGCAGCUUCUUCCAUCAGGAGGUGGAGUCUAUUUCUCUACUCCUUGAAUCUGAGCUGUUCUUGUAACUCGCUUUGGCCAAUAAAUGCAGCAUGAGUAACUGGGUGACUUCUGAGCCUAGGUCUCAAGAAGUCUUGUAGCUUUCCUCUUCUCCCUGAGAACGCUGAAGCAACCAUGUGAAGAAACCCCAGCUAGUCUGCUGGAAGAAGAGAGAUGAUAUUGAGAGGCCAGUCAGCAGCCAACCAUCAGACAUGUGAGUGACGCCAUCUUAAAUACUCAACCCUAGUCGUAUUGCCAGAUGACCAACUUCAUGAGGAACUCUCGGAAAGACUAGCAGAAGAACCACUCAGCUGAUUCUAGCUCAAAUUGCUGACCCACAGAAUUAUGAGCAAAUAAAAUGGUUGUUAUUUUAAGUCACUAAAUUUUGGGGUGAUUUGUUAUGCAGCAGUAAAUAACUGAAAGGGCAGGUUUUGUACUGCUGCAUUCCUGGCAUCUAGAGGGCAUGUUCAUGGUAGGUUGUCAGUAAGAGAUUGCUGUGGAUCCCUGUCAUCAAGGUGUCACUCCUCUUUACUUAGUAGACAACCAAGCUUCCUAAUCCUCAUGUCUCUCCCUGGCUCUCAAACAGUUCAAAGCUUGGGCUCAACACUGUCUUCCAGGAUGACACCUUGCAGUUCUUCUUCACUCCACUGGACCAACAUCCAUUCAUUUGCUCCCUUCACAGUCCUUUGACAGGUCAUAUCUUUCAGCUGCAUGCUGCAUCCCUCACUAAUUACUUCAUUCACUAAACCCUGAGGGGCCAACCCAUGGACUGCCUCAAUGCCAUAAAGCUGUUCUCAACUUUCCAACCUUCCACCAUCACUCUGAACCCUCACUACCUGAUUCACAUGUGCUUACAAUUAGGAGAGACCUAAGAGAUUGUCUAGGACAACCCCUUCCAGUUAUGAAUGAGGAAAGAAAGUCCCAGAUAAGAAAUAAUAAUAAUAAAUGGCUUAUUCAAGGUCACGUGAUGGCAGUAUCAAUACCAGAACCUACAUGUCAUGCAGAUUAUUACCUAGUAGAUUGCUUAUUUGUGCUUGGUUUGUGUGUGUGCAACUGUGCCCUGCAGUUUAGACUGUGGAAGUUCCUUGGAGAGUGGCAUCAUAUCUUUUACUUCUCCUACCUUUUCACACUCUUCCUGCUAUCUGCAAAGACUGACCAGUAACUACUGGACACGUCAGCAGUCAAUAAAUGCUUGUUGAUUAAUUGACAUUUAAAAGGAAAUUAUGCUUGGAACUGUUCUCUAUCUUGUUUUUGGUGGUAAUUACAACCAUAGGUAUUUGUCAGAACUUGAACUGUACAUUAAAAAGGGUAAAUUAUACUGUGUAUAAAUUUUUAAAAUAAGGUAUAAUUCAAAGCAAUUAUGCUGAAGAGAUCUAUUUAUUUGAUAAAUGUGGCUAAAUGUAUUACUGUGAGAAAAGAAAUUUGGCCCUUUGCAAAUAAAUUUGUACAUAAUAGGCACUCGGUAAUGUUAGUUUCCUUCCUUCUUGUGCACAAAUGCUUCAUGAUUACCUGUCAAGACUGCUAAAGAAAGCAUUCCUGCCCUAGGAGAUGACUGGAUCUCAGAUGACUUCUAAAAUCCUAUGAUUUCUUUGAAAGGAUGCUCCAGGAUGAAACGUCAUAGAACUCUCAGCAGCAGUGACAGUUCAGACGAGAGUCCUUCCACUUCCUUUACUUCUGGCUCAAUGUAUAGGAGCAAGUCAAAAAUUCCAAAUGAACACAAGAAACCUGCUGAGGUAUUCCGGAAGGACCUUAUCAGUGCGAUGAAACUUCCAGACUCUCACCAUAUUAAUCCUGACAGCUAUUACCUCUUUGCGGAUACAUGGAAGGAAGAAUGGGAAAAGGGAGUCCAGGUACCAGCCAGUCCAGACGCUGUUCCACAGCCUUCCCUCAGGAUUGUAGCCGACAAGGUAAAGGAGGUCCUAUUUAUCCGACCCCGGAAGUACAUCCACUGCUCCAGCCCAGAGACUGCAGAGCCUGGCUACAUCAACAUCAUGGAGCUGGCGGCAUCUGUGUGCCGCUAUGACCUAGAUGACAUGGACAUCUUCUGGCUCCAGGAACUCAAUGAAGACCUCGCAGAAAUGGGUUGUGGGCCAGUUGAUGAGAAUCUUAUGGAAAAGACAGUAGAAGUCCUGGAACGCCAUUGCCAUGAAAAUAUGAACCAUGCUAUUGAGACAGAGGAAGGGCUAGGCAUAGAGUAUGAUGAAGAUGUGAUCUGUGAUGUGUGCCGGUCUCCAGACAGUGAAGAAGGGAAUGAUAUGGUGUUCUGUGAUAAGUGUAACAUCUGUGUGCAUCAGGCCUGCUACGGCAUCCUCAAGGUCCCAGAAGGCAGCUGGCUGUGUCGCUCCUGUGUCCUGGGCAUUCAUCCACAAUGUCUGUUAUGUCCAAAGAAAGGUGGAGCCAUGAAGACCACCAGGACAGGGACUAAAUGGGCUCACGUCAGCUGUGCCCUGUGGAUUCCAGAGGUCAGCAUUGCUUGUCCUGAGAGGAUGGAACCAAUCACAAAGGUCUCCCAUAUUCCGCCCAGUCGGUGGGCCUUAGUCUGCAACCUGUGCAAGUUGAAGACAGGGGCUUGUAUUCAGUGCUCAGUAAAAAGCUGCAUCACUGCCUUCCACGUCACCUGUGCCUUCGAGCACAGCCUAGAAAUGAAGACCAUCCUAGAUGACGGGGAUGAAGUAAAGUUCAAGUCAUACUGCCUCAAGCACAGCCAAAACAGGCAGAAGCUCGGGGAGGCCGAGUACCCUCUACACAGGGCUUCAGAGCAGGGCCAGACCAAAAGCGAGAAGACCAGCGUGCGGGCACAGAAGCUCCGGGAGCUGGAGGAGGAGUUCUACUCCCUGGUCCGUGUGGAAGAUGUGGCCGCAGAGCUGGGGCUGCCCACGCUAGCUGUGGACUUUAUCUAUAACUACUGGAAACUAAAGCGGAAAAGUAACUUCAAUAAGCCAUUAUUUCCUCCCAAAGAGGAUGAAGAAAAUGGUCUGGUGCAGCCAAAAGAGGAGAGUAUUCACACUCGCAUGAGAAUGUUUAUGCACCUACGGCAAGACCUAGAGAGGGUCCGAAACCUGUGCUACAUGAUAACCAGGCGAGAGAAGCUGAAACUGUCACAAACCAAAAUACAGGAACAGAUCUUCAGUUUGCAAGUCCAGCUUGCUAACCAGGAAAUUGCUGCAGGACUUCCUUUGACAAAUGCACUAGAAAAUUCAUUGUUUUACCCACCACCAAGAAUUACCUUAAAGUUAAAAAUGCCCAAAUCAGCCCCAGAAGACUGCAGAAACAGCUCCACAGAGCCUGAUCAUGGACCUAUCUCUCCUGACGGCAGCUCCCCUGUUUGCAAUAUGAGGAGCAUGCAGGUGGCUCAGGAAUCACUAGACAUGAGAAUGAAGUCAUACCCAAGGUAUCCACUAGAGAGCAAGAAUAACUGUUUGCCGGCCAGUCUCAGCCAUGCUAGGAGUGAAGCAAAGGAUCCCAGUCCUGCUUGGAUAACUCCAUCUCCAGAGUUCUAUCAUGGGCAGUCUCUGGGAAAGCCUCUGGUCCUUCAGGCUGCCCUGCAUGGACAGUCUUCCAUUGGGAAUGGGAAAAGUCAGCCUAACUCCAAGUUUGCCAAAUCCAAUGGCCUGGAGGGCAGCUGGUCUGGGGAUGCCACCCAAAAAGACAGCUCAAGUGAGAUGUUCUGUGACCAGGAGCCCAUGCUCAGCUCCCACUUGGGCAGUCAGGGCAGCUUUAGAAAAUCUACCAUGGAACACUUCAGCAGGUCCUUUAAGGAGGCCACCAACAGGUGGGUGAGGACCACAGAGGACCUCCCGUGCUAUGUGAAGCCAACCAAGAAUACUAACCCCAAGGAGCAGCUCUGGGGCAGGCAGUUUGUCAGGCGGUCUGCAGGGAGAGCUCCAUAUCAGGAAAAUGAUGGGUAUUGCCCAGAUUUGGAGCUGAGUGAUUCAGAAGCAGAAAGUGAUGGGAAUAAAGAGAAAGUUAGGGUAAAGAGAGAUAGCUCAGACAGGGAAAAUCCUCCCCAUGACUCCAGACGGGAUUGCCAUGGUAAAAGCAAGACAUAUCCCCUUUCCCACAGUUCAAUGCAUAGGUGAUUAGAAAUUCCAAGAAAAACUCCAUCUUUGCCUUUGCCUCAUAUAUUGGGGAAAACCCAUACACCAAAAGGAUUCUAGUAUAUGUUAGGAGGAAUUGUAGUGAAAAGGAUAAAAUUUUUCCACAGUAAAUUGGCUUGCAGUUUUUGAACCAGUUUCAAGUCCAAUUUUCACGAGCACAUCAUAGAAAUUACAUAUUGUCCAAAAGUUUAGGCGUUUGUUUUGUUUUGUUUUUUUGCCAGAGGCUAGUGAGAACAGCUGGGACCAGAGUAUUUGCUCAGUAAAUACUUUGGGGCAGCUUUCCAAUUAUAUUAACACAUAUGUAUUAAGCGUCCUUGCAUUGUCCUUGAUUUGCAGGAGACCAUGAUUAUCAGACACUAAAACUACUUAUCUUUUGAAGCUACAGCAUGUGACUUCCAGAGCUCCUGUCUGUAAGAAGUUUCCACUGGUACCUGGAAACCCUCUUCAGGGAGAGACCAGGGACCAAUAUCUCAGAUACUGUCAAACUCACUACUCUCUUCCUUUGCUCUGAACAAGGUUGAGUUCCUUUCACAGUAUCUUAACUUACCAAGUCAAUACACCUAAUGCUUAUAAGUGUCCAGUGCCUGUUCCUAGACUUGCUUGUUGGGGACGCACUUGUAACUAUUUCACCCAGCUAACAAGCGUAAAAGGCUAACUUGUGGAUAGUGUUUACAAAAGUACUACUUCCAAGGAAAAUGCUCUGAUCCUCUCAGUUUAGGCAUUUGUGAAGGAUCCCAGAGCCUUUCCCAAAGUGAGAACAUUUCUGGAGGGUUUGUAUCAGGUCAGGGUUUUUGUGUUAUUGUUUUCAAAUAAGUUUGACUUAAAUAAGUUUGGCUGACAGUUUUUGUAUACCUGCUUUAAUGUUUAUAAAAUUUUUAUUGAGGUAUAAUUAAGAUAUAGUAAAAUGCAGAGAGGUUAAGUAUUCUUACCUGCUUUAAUUUUGAAACAGAUUUUUAUUGUCAAACAGAAUUUGAAAGCAUGUGUUUAACACAUGGAUAUAAUUUAGCUUUGUACCAACUUUGAAUCCAAGGCAAUUUCCCAAACAAAAGGGCUGGAGCUGUUUUUCAGAAGUUACUCAUACUCUGUUCCCAAACUAUCAGCCUUUAUUAAUUUCUGGGAGGAAGAGAAUAAUUACAUUAGUGGGAGAUAAAACAUACCUGCUUCGUGUUUAAAGAAGAGGAAAAUGUUACAGCUUUUAAAGUGUGAAGCCAACUAUAAUUCUCUGCUCUCUUUUCUUCUUAGCCUUAAAUUAAUAUUCUCUUUCUUCUAGUUUGGGAACAUGUAGUGAGACUUUUCAGACAAAAGAGGCCAUUUUAGAUAUUUUAAGUUGCUUCCUGGUGAAACAGCCCAGCUGCAGUAAAGGCAGGGGCCCCUCUUCUCUCCGUCAAUACGGGAAGCUCAGCAGUUUUCCUCUCCCCCGCUUUUGUUCCUGUAGCCUGUAGCUUUGUUAAUGAGUUCCUUUGCUUUUAUUUCUUCCUCCUUUUCUGAAAACUUCUGUAUUUUGCCUCUCCUUUGGCUACACCUUCAAAAUGUUUCUUUUGUGCCUGUGUACAUGUGUGAACAUGCCAUAGCAUGUGUAAUAGGUGUCCUAUGCUUUGUUUGAAUGGAAAAAGCUAUGGAUUAUCCAAAUGAGGAACAGUAGUUCUCCUAUUUAUGCACUAGGUUUCUGUGCUUUUUCUUUGCAUUCUCCUGGGUUCGAUAUUAAUUUGAUACCUUCAUGGUAAUAAAAUUGUAGUGGAUCUAUGUUAUAAACUCCUUCUGUUAGAGGCCAGUGCAGUAGCCUAUGUCCUUUCAUGCCUUUCAAUUCUGAGUGAGGAAGAAAAGCAAACAUUGAAAAAGUGCUUCAGCCAAAUUCCAUAUGUAAUGCCAUUGGGAGAGUAUUGACUAAAAUAAUUUCAGUCAGGGAAAUAUAGUUGUAAUAUUUUUACAGGAUUUUCCUAGGUAAAUGAAGGAGCCUUCAGUUGUGUACAUUUCAAUUGCCCCCAAAUGUAUUUGCUACAUUUUGCUGUUGUUUGAAGUAUUACCUCUUAAUCUUCUUUGUUAAAUUUUUUUUUGUUUUGUCUUAUAUAGUCCAGUUUUCAAAGAUAAACUCGGUCUUUUUUCAAAUGUCACCUUUUUACUGAUACUUUUUCAUUAAAUUAUGAAAACUGUUAA